UGGGUGGUGGACGAUGGGGUGAGAUCAAUAGAGCCGUAGCUAGCCAAGAUGUACUUUAGGAUUAGCGUGAAUAGUUUCAUAUCCAUGGUGAUUGUCCUCCUGGUCGCCGUCUAUUGGUACCGUCUGCCGGCGAGAAAUGGAGUUACAAAAAGGACCCCCAGAAGACCGCCGAAUCCGGAGGAUCCUCUACCGGCCUCCCACUCGCCGCUCCAUCGCUUCUCCCGGGCGGCCAUUUGCUCCGACAGCGAAGUGUGCAGCCAGUUGGCCCGCAAGGUCCUGGAGAAGAGAGGCAGUGCCGUGGACGCGGCCCUGGCCGCCCUCAUUUGCAAUGGACUCAUCGGGAUGCAGAGCAUGGGCCUCGGUGGCGGCAUGGUGAUGAACAUCUACUCGGCCAGCGAGCGCAAGUCCUACAGCAUUGUGGCCCGCGAAAUCGCUCCGCUGGCCCUGCGGGCGGAGAACUUCUCGUCCUUUCGCGAUGAGCAGGAGCUCAAGAGAUCCGGCUGGUCCAUCGCCGUGCCGGCGGAGCUCGCCGGCUAUGCGGUGGCCCACCAGAGAUUCGGGCGGCUGCAGUGGGCGGAGCUGGUGCUGCCCACCUUGGAGCUGUGCCGGCGUGGCUAUCCGCUGUACAAGCACCAGUACGAUGCCCUCAUCCUCAACCAGGACAUGAUCCGGGCGGAUCCCGGCCUGCGGCGGAUGUUCAUCGAUCCCGGAACGGGGCACUUUUGGCCACUGGGCCAUCUCAUCCGACCCUUGGACACGUUGUGCAACACCUACGAUCGGUUGGCCAGGGAGGGACCCCUCAGCUUCUACAGAGGUGCCAUCGCCGAUGACCUGCUGGCCGACCUCGAGGACAUUGGCAGUUCCAUAUCCAGGCAGGAUCUGAACCGAGCCCAUGCCAAGUUGAGCAAGGCCUUGGUGAUGCCUCUGGAUGAGCAUGAUCUGCACUUGACCCCGCCACCUGGAAGUGGCCACGUCCUGGGUUUCAUAAUGAAUGUACUGCGGGAGUUCCGGGUGGAUUUCUCCAGAAUCGAAGCCAUGGGAGCCCGGGAGAUUCACCUGAUGGUGGAGGCCAUGAAGUUUGGCUUUGUCAAGCGCUGGCAACUGGACGAAUCAGCGAGUGAGGAGCUUUUGGCGAACCUGACGAGCCAUGAAUUUGCGCAAGCCAUGGCCAAGAAAAUCAAUGACUCACAGACCCACAACAGUUCUGAGUUUUAUGGAGCUUCAUCAGAGAUACGGAUACGGGAUGAGCACGGCACUGCCCACACCUCAGUUCUGCACGAAAACGAUGCCGUUUCGGUGACCAGCUCCAUAAACUUCUAUUUCGGCAGUGGACGCACAGGAAGGCGAACCGGAGUGAUCUUCAACAACGCCAUGUCCGACUUCUCCAUGGAACAGAUCAGGAACUACUUUGAUCUGCCCUUUGUGCGCAAUGUCAAUGGCAUAGCCCCCGCCGCCAGACCUAUGUCCUCGAUGAGUCCGGUGAUUGUCACGGAUCGCUCCUCCGGGCGGGUUCGCCUGGUUGUGGGUGCCGCUGGCGGUACCAAAAUAAUCUCCGCCCUGGCUCCGCUCCUCGUCCGUGUUCUCUGGCAGAGGGCGAGCAUCAAGUCGGCCAUCGAUGCCAGUCGCAUCCAUCACCAAAUGCUGCCCAAUCUCUUGUCCUACGAGUACGGACUGCUCCAGAGCCAGGUGAGGAGCUUGGAGGAGAAGGGUCACCGGUGCGAGCGAUAUGAGAACAGGGGAUCCGUCAUCUGCGGAAUCGAUCAGCACAAUGGCACCAUCUGGGUGAACUCCGAUUUUAGGAAGCCAGGCGGGGUUAGUGGCUUCUAAAAUGGUACCCUUCGCUUCUGUAGAUCUCAAAACUUUGAAAAAUCACUAUUUUGAGGUAUUACAAUAUCAGUAUUAUAAAAAGUAUUCCAUAUUUGUGAGAGAUUUAAGCGUUCCCUGCUCAAAGAUAUAUUAUAUCAAAUAUAUAUUAGAGUUCCAUUCGUAUUUCAGCUUGAUAUUAAAUCUCUAAAACGUUCCCUAUACAAAUUUAGGUGUUUUAAAUCUGUAAAAGUUACUUGGAAAAGUAUUAAAAUAACAUCGAUCUAAGGAACGGAACCAAUUAUCUGAUCAUAUAUGCACAUCUGAGCGGUAUUAAUA